CGGCUUCCGUUUUCAUCCAGGAAGAAUGGCCGGCUGGACAUGGCUUCGCUGUGUUUUAGGGCCUCAUCUUCAAAGAAUUCAUCGCCCCCCAGACCAACCUCCACUCGAAGGAAGAGCGGGGAGGAGGGGAUGGAACUACCAGCCGGGGAGUCUGGAGAAACACACCGACAGCAUCCUCGGAUGGGCCUCAGCACUGUGGUAUCUGUCCUACUACAGCUCUCCUUUGCUGAUCUGCUAUCUGUACAGAAAAGGCUACAUCUGCAGCAGUAAAUUGGUACCAGCGAGUCAGUACAUGGCAACGGCCCUGCUAUGUCUUUUUGGAGUGGCGUGUCUGCGAGGCUGGGGCAGAUGGAGGAGUCCAGAAUAUCUUCAGUUUAUUUCCAUUUUGGAGGAGGCAAAGACAAAUCACUCCCCAGCUAAUAAGAAGAAGCUGAGAUGCUACGACUUUGACUUUUCUCACUGGCCAACAGAUUUCAGCUGGACAGAAGCCAGCAAUCCGAAGCUAUCCAAGGCUGGCGUGUCGCUGCUGAAGCCAGAGCCCAGACUGAGGGGAGCAGCAGACGGCAUGCUUCGCUCCGUGCGCACUCUGCCGUGCCACAUCGUCAGUUUUCUCAUCGCUCACUCCUUUGGGAGGAGGAUGCUGUAUCCUGGCUCUGUGGGCUUGCUGCAGAAAGCCAUGAGGCCGAUGCUCCAGCAAGGCCAGGCCAAGCUAAUAGAGGAGUUUGACGGCCAGAGAAACAAGCUGAUUGCCUGCGAUGGCAAUGAAAUCGAUACCAUGUUUGUCGAUCGAAGGGGAGGCGGAGGACGCAAGGGCCAAACACUGGUCAUCUGCUGCGAAGGCAAUGCCGGAUUCUACGAGGUGGGGUGCAUGAACACUCCACUGGAGGGUGGUUACUCUGUCCUGGGAUGGAACCAUCCGGGUUUCGGAGGCAGCACGGGGGUGCCGUUUCCACAGAAUGAGGCCAACGCCAUGGACGUUGUGAUUCAGUUUGCGAUACACAAACUGGGCUUCCAGCUCAGCAACAUAGUCGUAUACGCCUGGUCCAUAGGAGGGUUCACAGCUACCUGGGCAGUGAUGUCAUACCCAGAGAUCCAGUCAGUGGUUUUGGAUGCCUCGUUUGAUGAUCUUCUACCUUUGGCCCUCAAAGUCAUGCCUGAUAGCUGGAGACCCCUGGUGCAGCACACGGUGCGACAGUACAUGAACCUCAACAAUUCAGAGCAGCUUCUCAAAUAUCAAGGGCCAGUCCUGCUUGUCCGGAGAACCAGGGAUGAAAUUAUCACCACCUCGAGUCCGGAAGAUGUCACAUCUAAUCGAGGCAAUGACCUUCUGCUCAAGCUGCUUCAGUACAGGUAUCCCAAAAUAAUGACUGAGGAAGGCGUCCGAGUGGUCAGGCAGUGGCUGGGUGCCUCCAAUCACAUGGAGGAGGCGUCCGUGUACAGCGGCUACGAGGUGGACGACGACUGGUGUUUGUCAGUGUUGCAGUCCUAUCAGGCGGACAGGGAUGUGUUGUUUCCCUGGAAUGUCGGUGAGGACAUGACUCUUGAAGGAAGACGACAACUGGCUCUUUUCCUGGCACGGAAGUACAUGACAAACUUUGAGACGACGCACUGCACGCCACUGCCUGCCUCAGAGUUCCACUCCCCGUGGAGGCUGUGAUCAGCCAUGAUGGAUGUGAUAGAUGAUUAAAAGUUGUGGUUUGUUUUUUUGUUUUUUGUGUGUGUUGUUCCGCAACAAAGUUAAAAUCACAACACAUGCAUCUUCUGUUUUGGGGGUUUAUUAUUUGCCCUUUAAAAAAAAAAAAAGGGAUGUAGUAUUUGUCUACCACAUAUGUUCUCAACUCCAUUAGCCAACAAGCUGUUCCAUUACAUCUCCUUAAGCUUUAUGUACAAUAGAGCUCUUGUAUGUCCCAUUAAAUAUGCUGAAUAAACUCAUUAAGGGACUUCACU